AUGGAUAUUAUUAAUAAUAACAACAAUAAAGGAUAUUUGCAUUGCAACGUGUGUUUUGCUUAUUCUGGACCUUUGUGCGAAGAUAAUGAAAAGGAAGAAAUAAGAUUUUGGUUAACUGAAUGUGGACAUGUAAUAUGUCACAAAUGUAUCAAAACUAACAAAAUAAAUGUUGAUAGUAAUAAAGGAGUUGAUGCUGAAAAAUUCAAAGGCGAAGGCAAUGGUAAUAGCACGAAUGCUAAAGUUAAAGAUAAAUCCUUUUCGAUUGCUACUACCGCUGAGACUAUUUGUCUAGUUUGCAAUGCUAAAUGUGUAGUUGUCGAAUGUAAUGAUAAUCUUCCGGACGAGCUUAUAACUUAUUUUAAACCCGUUCAUGAGAUAAUAGAUUUCCAGCAAACCAAUACAGCUUCACUCGUUAAUUUUCUGAAAGAUAAGUUGGUAAAACAAAACAAAAUGCUUGAUAAAGCAAAAAAUGAAUUAUUAAAUUGCAAGAAUUUGAAAAGAGAUUUUAAUCAUCUUAUUGAUGAUAAUAAACGAUUGAAAAGACAAUUACAUGAAUUAAAAGAGUUGCAACAUGAAAGGAAUUCCAAGAAACAAGAUCGACCUUCGACUAAGUCAAUUCCCAGGUGUACAUAUCCGCCACCAAGUACGCCAAAUCCUCCUGCACGUUUAUCCUUACCGACAACUAAUAAUCCCCCAGGAAUAUUAUCAACAAAUAAUUAUCAACAACAGCAACCAAAUUUCCAAAAUCGACAAAAUCAUCGGCAACAAGAACAAUUUCCUCAUCGACAUGAUUAUGAUUAUGAUUAUUAUGAUCACCAAAAUGAUCAUUACGAACAAUCAACAUCGUCAUAUAAUUAUGUUGGUGAACAAAAUCCAGAAGAACAUUGCAUUUCAUGGAUAAAUACCAAUAUUGGAAACUACGAUGAUAAUAAUGUUGAUGUGGCUGCAAAUGAAUUACCGAAUCGGUCAAGUUCCUUGGCGGAGCAAACUUAUCCACCACCACGUUCAUACCAAGAAAGCGUCCAAAGUAACAAAAACACUGUAAAUGAUUAUUUUCCUCGACAAUCAAGAAAUCAAACAUUUGGUAGACCAAAAACAUCAACCGUGCGAAUGACAUGGAAUGAAAUGCAAGCUAGUAAUAGUAAUGAUAAAGAUGUAAUUGGUAGGGUCACAACAAAAUCUUCUAUACCACCACCUACAAUAACACGACAACCUCUAAUGCGACCAGCUACCCAAUCACAACCAUAUAUGGAAUCAAGGAACGUUGCAAGACCAUAUCCGUUAAAUUCCAACCAUUCGAAUAUUUUUAGAUCAUCUCAUUCAACAUUAAUACCACCGCCACCACCGCAAAUGCGACAAAACCAAGAACAACAGCAUACACAAGCACCGCCACCACCGCCUAGAACUCCAGUAAUAAGAAAUCGAAAUGCAUUUCCAGGUUUUCGCAAUCGUCAUAAUUGUUAG